AUGUAUCAAUCAUUCAUUCACCAAAGCCCUCUAAAAGAAGGCCGGCGGAUCCUCAGCGAGAAGAACGCCAACGCGUGUCUCUCGCCCGCACGCUCACCCACCAAACAAGCGCUCCUCCACGCUCCGUCUCCGUCCCCGAAGAAACUCCUGCCUUCACCUUUAUUCGCCCCCUCGUUCAUUGCUCAGAAACGCUCUAUUGGUCAGGUGCAUGAGGAGGAUGCGAGUUCUUUGCCAGUGCCUGGCCAUGGCCAGCGCGUCGAUCAUGGCCCCGACGCGAUGAACAUAGAUGUCCCCGAACAAACAACGCAGCCAGCCAAAUCCACAUCAGAGGAACAAGUAGACCCAGCAAUAACAUUACCGCGAGCCGUCCCAUCAGACCCCGAAACGCGAAAACAAUUCAUACAAGAGAAAGCAAUCCUGCUCCGCAGCAGACUGCAAAACGCCAUGCGACGCGUCCGAGAUCACCAAAUCGACCGUCGCGUAUCAGAGCUCGAAGAACACAGUCGGAAAUACCCUCGCCUUUCAGCAUCAGUCACCAGCAAACCUUCCGAUACCGGAGUUGGGUUGCAACAACAUUUAGAGCAGAAGUACGGGCCAGAUGGAAAUGAGGACGAUGACGAGCCAAUGCUAUCGACGCCGCGAGCACGGAUGCCAAGGGAUGAGCAGGAGCAAAGGGAGAUCAUCCACAUAAGCGAUGAAGACGACGAGACGACACCUACCCAGAAGAACCAGCACAUAGCGACAAACGUGGACACGGCGCCGUCGUUGCAGAUGGUUUUGAGCAGCCCUACAUACAACUCAACCACGCAAACCGGCCGAUUCGAUGAUGAUCGGCCAGUUGCGCGGGAAGCCACUAUCGCGACGUCGCCUUCUUCGUCGGUGCGAGGUGAGCGUCGCGGGGAUGGUGAUGCGGUAGACGGGUUAUUAAAGCUGAUGUCGACGCCGACCGCGGGCUCGAGCCAAGCGCAGCCGCGGGCUACGGGCGCGAGCGCAUGA